AUGGCCGAUUGGAGCAAGGAAAUCCGUUCAAGCGAGCAGGUAAAGCCCCCUUUCUCCUAAAGGGCAUUCCAUGUUUUAGUCGGAUUUAACGCCCAAUAAUUUUGAGCCAGAUUUGGACGACUUUGAGCGCCAAGAAAAGGAGAUCCAAGACCAACUUCUCAGGGAAAACCCCUCAGGCAACGACCCCAAUCGAGAUAUUAACACGAUUCUCGAGGCCAAUGAAGACGAAUUCACCUCGGAUUCAGUCCAGAAUCGACAACUGUCGGUACGUAUUGUGUAGUUGUGCAGCACCGUCUUCUAGCCUCUUACAACUUUCUAUUAUAAUUUUCAAAUUGUAUGUUUUACAACGCAUAACCACCUUUGCGUGUCUGAUUUGGUAAUUUUUACUGAAUGGAAGGUCUAUUGGCUAUUAAAAGAGUAUAAUAAUUAAUCUCUGAAUAACAAAAUUACUGCAAAGGUAAUCCCCGUAAAGUAAAAACUAGUGAAAGGACGGCUUUUAUUUGGUUAUUUUAGGGUCUAAAGGAGAACUCGCUGGAAAUUAAUUAUUCGGACGAGUCGGAUUACCCGGACGGUAAGUGAAUGCAAGCCUGGGGACACUAAUAUCACAAGAGUUUUAUCCAGGUUAUCCCCCAAAAUCCGAGGACCCUCCGCCCGCUUACAGCAAGGAUCAGAAGGAAGAAUCGCCUGCGGCGAAAAAGAUCUCCGAUGCCAUGGAUGGAGAAAGGGGGAUCCAGGAUGCCAUGAGCGGGUUGGUCAGAGUGGGUGAGUGGUCGAAACUAUCGCAGUAGAGGUUACAACACUAAUUGUCAUCAUUUAGGUGGAAUGGCGGCAGCUGUAGCAACUUCUGCUGGAGUAGAUUCUCCGAGAUCAGAUGACACCACAAACAGUUUCGGCAACUACAGAGAUGACAUUAGAGAUCAACAGAAUCCCACUUUCACAGAGUUGGCCCCCACUCACCGGCUCUCAACCGGCGUAAAAGAGCUCUUCCAUUUGGUCGAGGACUUCGAGGCCGACCGAAUUGAUAUUCCAUCUCAACUAAAACCCUUUCUCCUUGAUUACUUGCCGGCAGUGGGGGAUGUGGACCCCUUCCUGAAAAUUCCCCGGCCUGACGGAUUAGAAGAUCAUCUUGGAUUAAUCGAAUUAGACGAGCCGGCCCCGCAGCAGUCAGAUUCGACGAUUGUGGACAUGAAGUUGAGGCAGGCCAAAAAUGUUAUUUCUAAAGAAGCUGACGCCCCGGCCAAGAGAUUGGAGCGGGCCGACAAGAAUACGGAUCAGAUCGACUCUUGGAUCAAGGAUAUCAAGGUGCCAUCAUCUUUACUGGAAAAUAAUUUUAUUUUUUUUAGGAUUUGCGAAGAAACAAAAUCCCUGAUCGGGUAAACUAUGAAAAACCAAUGCCAGAUUUGGAGAAAUUAAUGCAAGAAUGGCCCCCGGAGAUGGAUACUUUCCUUCAAAAUCUAAAGGUAGGCGACUAGCAGUUCAAGUCGGUAUUGGUUGCAUAAUAUUGAUCACUCGAAUUGCAUAAUUUCCAGCUUCCAUCAGCCUCGUUGGAUUGCACCACCGAAGAGUAUGCGGACAUUUGCCUGAGCAUAAUGGAUAUCCCCGUUCACAAAAACAAACUCCACUCUCUUCAUGUCUUCUUCUCCCUGUACAUGGAGUUCAAAAAUUCCCAGCAUUUCCGUCAACUGGCCUCAAAUCAUGGCCUAAAGCAAGAUGAUGUGGCCAUGGAUCGUCUGGAAUUGUGA